CUGUUGUGCUUUCUCAGCCAAAAUCUUUCCAGUUCACAUCAGGAUGCGUUCCAUCGCACUACGCUCGUUUAUCUCCGCUAGAAGGUCAUUUCAUACAGCCUCGACGAUGACCAGGCGUCGUGCGCCUUUCUUCUUCCCUGUUUUUGCUACUCUCGCCACUGCGACAGGCGCGGCGUUCACUUAUUAUCAUUAUGGAAUGCAAAUCCAGAAUCCAAUACUGUUGGAUUCUGGUUCACCAUCUCGUCGGAGUGUCCGCUCAAUAUGGGAUGACGAAGAGCCAGAACCCUCAGAACCAUCUCCCCCUUCCCCCGCUGAAGAAGGGGAGACACUGGGGGAUGCUGGCGCCUCCAGCGAAGCUGCAUUCAAUCCAGACACUGGCGAAAUAAAUUGGGAUUGCCCAUGUCUUGGCGGAAUGGCCCACGGUCCGUGUGGAAUGGAAUUCCGUGAAGCCUUCUCAUGUUUCGUGUUCUCCGAGGCGGAACCAAAGGGUAUGGACUGCGUUGAGAAAUUUAAGAUGAUGCAAGACUGUUUCCGCCGGCAUCCAGAUGUCUAUGGUGAAGAAAUUGACGAUAACGAAAACUCCGAAGAACCUUCGGGAGACAGUGUUCCGGCAUCCGAACCUGUACCUGCACUUGCAAAAGACCCAUUAUCCGAAGGAGACCAAGCACCUGAGCCAAUCGUCUCCUCAGAAACGCCGAAAGUCACUGUCUUGUCCCCAUCUUCAAACCCGCAAUAA